AUGAAGAAACCUUUGAUGCGAAUACCCUACACUGGGCCCUUACCUCCUCCGACAAUCAUCCCUGGAUUUGCCAAUACUCCGACAGGUGCUAGACAUGCCUUGACCAGGUUUCUUUCUCCUCAGGUUUUGCCGAAUGCUCACCUUUCUUCCGUCGACAAAGCUUCUACAAAGACGGUGCUGCUUACAGGAGCUGGAAUAUCCGUCGCCUCCGGCUUAGCUGACUACCGUGGCACGGGAGGCACAUACACUUUGAAUAGAACAUAUAGACCCAUCUACUACAAUGAAUUCACCAGCAACCACGAAGCUCGGAAACGUUAUUGGGCAAGAAGUUUUCUGGGAUGGACCAAUCUGCACAAAGCGAGGCCUAACGUCGCACAUAAUGCAGUGAAAGAUCUGGGCAAGCUGGGACUGGUUAGCAGCGUGAUUACGCAAAAGCUCCACGGUUAUCUACGUUCCUUGGUCUGCAUUCAUUGUCACAAUCAGCUUCCCAGGAGCGAUUUUCAGAAUUCGCUAUCCUCGUUGAAUCCGCAGUGGGCAACAUUUCUGGAAGAGAUGUUGGCAACUGGAGCGUUGAACUCGGAGAACCCUGGGGAGCGAAAGGCAAGAGGGCUUAAGAGUAACCCUGACGGAGACGUGGAUGUACCGAAUGCCCCAUACACAACCUUCAGGUAUCCUGCCUGCCCUACAUGUCUCGCAAGUCCCCCAGCCUUGGCGGACGGUACAAGAGCUUCGGUCGAGGUCGAUGAUGACGGCGCUUGGUCGCCUACCUCAAACGCUGGCGUCCUGAAGCCUGCCGUCGUUAUGUUUGGGGAGUCCAUUGCCUCAGAUAUCAGAACCGCAGCCGAGAGAGCCAUAGACAAAGCCAGCCGUCUUCUAGUCGUCGGAAGCAGUCUAGCCACCUAUUCAGCAUGGAGACUGGUAAAAAGGGCGAAGGAACGACAUUUGCCAAUAGGCAUCCUGAAUCUAGGAGGGGUCAGAGGAGAAGAAAGCUUUUACGCAGGUCUGGAAACAGCCAACGAGGGCGAAUUGGGAGUUCGAUGCAACGAAAGCGCAGAUCAAUUACUGCCUGAAGUCGUUGAUAAUCUACGCCACUACUAA